GCACAUGUUUGCGCCGUAGAGGAACCAGUUUGAGCUCGAGCGCAAGCAGCGAAGGUCAAAACCCGCAGGACCCACGGCUCGCCUGCAAUGCGUUCGAGCAAAUGCCGCCCCGGCCCCCGCUCCGCUCGCCUCCGAGCCGCGGCCCUUACACCACCGCGCCGCCGUCGCCGCCGCGCGCGGCCGAGCAGCACUGCCUCCGCCUCCUGAAGCGCGCCACGACGCCGGCGUCGCUCCUCCAGCCCCUGGCAUUCCUCCUCAAGUGCGGCCUCCACUCCAACCCGCUCGUCCUCACCAGGCUCUUCGCGGCCGCGGCCUCCGCCGCGCCCGCGCUCCUCGAGCCCCUCGUCGCGGCGCUCCUCCGCCCGGGCCUCCCGCUCGAUGCCUUCCUCCUCAACACCCUCAUCCGCGCCCACGUCGCGUCCUCGCUCCCCUCCGCGCGCCGCAGCGCCGCGGCCUUCUUUCCGCUCAUGCUCCGCCGCGGCGUCGCCCCCAACAAGUUCACCUUCCCGUUCCUCCUCAAGUCCUGCGCCGCGACGCCGGGGUCCCCGGACGCCGGCCUCCAGGCCCACGCCGCCGCCCUCAAGUUCGGGUUCGCCGCCGACCACUACGUCUCCAACACGCUCAUACACAUGUACUCCUGCUUCGGGGCCGGGUUCCUCGGGGACGCUCGGAACGUGUUCGACAGAACGCCCAAGGACAGCGCCGUCACCUGGAGCGCCAUGAUGGGGGGGUACGUGCGUGGCGGGCUGUCGAGUGAUGCCGUCGUGCUGUUCCGGGAGAUGCAGGCCAGUGGUGUGCGACCCGAUGAGGUGACGGUGAUUGGGGUCCUUUCGGCCGCCGCUGAUUUGGGCGCGCUCGAGCUCACGCGCUGGGUUGAGCGGUUUGUGGAGAUGGAGGGAAUUGGGAGGUCUGUGACGCUUUGCAAUGCGCUGAUCGACACGCUCGCCAAGUGCGGGGAUGUCGAUGGGGCAGUGGCUGUGUUCGAGGGGAUGGAGGAGCGGACUGUUGUGUCAUGGACGUCGGUGAUUGAUGCGCUUGCGAUGGAGGGUCGUGGGAAAGAGGCUGUGGCGGUGUUCGAAGAAAUGAAGGCUGUUGGAGUGCCACCUGAUGAUGUCGCAUUCAUUGGGGUGCUCACUGCAUGUAGCCAUGCUGGAAUGGUUGAUGAAGGCCGUGGCUACUUUCACUCAAUGAAGACAGAGCAUGGUAUUGAGCCUAAGAUUGAGCAUUAUGGUUGUAUGGUUGACAUGUUUGGUCGUGCUGGCAUGGUCGAGAAGGGGUUGGAGUUUGUCCGUGCGAUGCCCAUGAAACCAAACCUAAUAAUUUGGCGGACUCUGGUUGCUGCUUGUCGUGCUCAUGGUCGGCUCGAGCUUGGCGAAAGUAUCAGCAGGGACCUUCUCAACGAGUACCCAGCUGAUGAGGCCAACUACGUCAUGCUCUCCAACGUGUUCGCGUUGACGCAGAGAUGGAAGGAGAAGUCAGAGAUUAGGAGAGAGAUGAGUAAGAGAGGAAUUACGAAGGUGCCAGGCUGCAGCAUUGUUGAGCUUGAUGGUGAGGUCCAUGAGUUCAUAGCAGGAGAUGAGUCGCAUCCGCAGUACAAGGAGAUAUACAGGAUGGUUGAGGAGAUGUCAAGAGAGCUAAGGCGCAUUGGGCAUAUUGCAGCUACAUCAGAGGUCCUCCUUGACCUCGAUGAGGAGGACAAGGAGGGUGCGCUUCAGUGGCACAGCGAGAAGCUGGCGAUUGCAUUUGUGCUCCUGAGGACUCCUCCUGGAACACAGGUCCGGGUGGUAAAAAACCUACGUGUAUGCUCCGAUUGUCAUGCGGCGAUUAAGUGCAUAUCGCAGGUUUAUAACCGGGAGAUCAUAGUGCGUGAUAGGAGCCGUUUCCAUCGCUUCAAGGAUGGUUCCUGCUCGUGCAAGGAUUUCUGGUGAUUGCAAUUGUGUUUCACCAGGUUAUCCUGUUUCUGAUGGUGCAGUGAAGGGUGGAUUGAACUUCAACGGCACGUGCAGGCGAUCGUGAACUCAUGAUGUAUUUUCGAGGAACUUCUGCAAGUCCUCGAGGGGCAGAUAAAUGUGUCUCCAAAUCUUGUGCUCUCUCAGUGGCCUCUCUGAGUUUCUUUGGCACUGUUCUAAGCCUUGUGUACUGAAUGUCUCAUCAGCACACAUUCAAGGACUAAGAUUUCCUACAAAAACCUAGACCAUCGUGAGAACAUUUCUAAUGUGUACCCCAGCUUGCAUCAUGGGCAGAUAAAUGCAUGUCUUCUGCUCUCUCAGUGGCCUCCCUGAGUUUCUUUGGCACUAUUCUAAGCCUUUCCUCAACUAUCUCAUUCCCCAUUGCUUCUUCAUUCAUGCAGUGAGUUUGUAACUUACUAUGCAUCUAUGAACUGUCUGCCACCAAUGCUUUGAAGCUUUCCCUGUUCUUGUACGCCCUUGCCUUCUCAUUAUUGCAGGGAUCUGUUAAGUCAAUCUCAGCCUCCUUGCGCAAGUGAUCACAUCAUCAUUCACUACAGGGACUACAUGGUAUGAAGCGGAAAGUAUCUUGAGCAUGGCGCUUGGGCGGUGUGGCUCGUUUUUUUUUUAAGAAUGGUUUCUGCCUUUCUGGUCAUGGAAAUUUACGAUUCACAGAGUUGCUGCCAAUCAAGAAGGGUGCUGCCAUGCUUCAAUGCACAAAAUGCUAUGUUGACAUGCUAGCAUGGACCACUCAUGUUUGGCUUAAACAUGGGAAGGAAAUUACAACCAGCUGACGGGCCGAAGCAUCCAUGUCUCCAGCUAGGCUCUCCACAAUAUGCACAAGAAGCAGAGGACCUUGUCAACUUCAAAGUCAUAUUGCGCAGUCUAUUUGCCGGUUCUGAUGGCGGUGAGGGUGACGCAGCCUUGUUCCUAACUUUCUGGAUGGUGUCAGCAAAGUGCGCUAGCAUGAUAGGAUUUGAUGUCUCGCAGUUUUGUGAUGUCAAUGGCUAUGCUAAUCUUAGCCAAGGCUUAGCCUUUGCACAAGCUUAAUCAGUUCCUGGAGCUCUUGAUCAGCUGCCGUUUCAGCCAAGAAAACAUCCACUUUGACAAGAAGCUCCUCUGGUGAUGUCAACACAUGUGGUGAAUCUCCAAACUGACCUGACGAUUGGUGGUAACCACACGUCGCCUCCAUUGAGGAUCAAUGAGGCUUCUAGUCUGAGUAAUCCUAUGAACUCCCUGAUGUUCUUCGACGCCUUUUCAAGUGCUUCCACUGUGCUCUCCAGCUUGUCCUCAGCGCUAGAGAAGAGCGCCACCGAAGCGGUGCGGAUGCAUCAUGCCAUGCUGGACCACACAUUUCUCGUGAAAUACAGUGGUAAUACCAGCACCAUGCUGGUCAUCAUUGUUCCAGUGAGUGGCUUUGUCUGUUGCAUGAUGUUUGAACCUGAGAAGCACCUCGUCACCAUGGGCGGCAGCCUCCUUGAGCUUCUCCAGCCACUGGACCAGCGUGGUACUUUUUAUGGUCUGCUUCGCUCACACCUCGACCGCGCUGCGAAUCCUCACGAGGAGCAGCUUCUCAUCAGCGGCCAUCUGCCAGUUGAAGUUCUACAUGAACUUGGACACUGCCCUGUCCUGUCACCACGGCGGCCACUGCUGCGGCAAUGGUGGCAACCACUUGUGCCAUGGCUAGCUCUCAAACAAGGUAUGUGACUAACUAGAGUCUCUCAAAUCUAUAAAUACAUAUAAUUAAGGAUUGUUCUGAGUGUCCCCCAUCGCAAAAUGUAAAAUUAAGUAGUCAGUGAGUGUAUGAGACUGUGGAAACAACAAGUUAUGGACAUAGUUGGUGUCAGCCACCCUAAGGUCGACCGACACUAAGAAAAAAAACAUGGAAUUUGUUCGACGGACACAGCAACACCAAGCUGUCAAAGUAUUGCACAUCCCAAGACAGCCUGUCCCCAGUACGCAUGAAACUGCAGAGAUCAUCUGCU